AUGGUGGCUAUCGGAUCACGUACAAAGCCGAUACUUGUGCAAGGGAGCAAAUACUCCAGCAAAGGCCACGAGGCGGGGGACCAGGACGGCGCCUCCCCGUCGGAGAACGUGGUGUGGCGCAACAUCAGGGUGCUGCGGCUGGCGGGGGUGUGGCGGCCGGAGGGCCGCUGUCUGGCGCGCCUCUACCCGCUCUACUUCGGCACCGUCUGCACCAGCAUGCUGCACAUCGGCGCGCUGGCCAUCUUCCGCAGCUACACCAUCUGGGGCGACAUGACCGAGGUCACCUUCGCCCUCGUCUCCGGACUCACCUGCUUCAACGGAGCCGUCAAGAUGAUCCACCACUACAGCCACAGUGAGUCCUACUACCGGCUGGUCAACGAACUCAACAUCCUCAUCGACCGGCAGCGGCCGCACUGCGAGGGAGACGCCGAACUGUCGGCGGCCCUGCAGGCCGCCUACAAGAAGGCGAAGCGGCUCACCUUCGGCGUGCUGGGCUACAUGUUCGUUCUGGGCCAGAUGUGGGCCACCGUGCCGCUCUUCAUGCAGUUCCCCCCGGACGACCCGAGCAGCCCGCUGCCCCUCGUCACAAUCACUCGCGUGCACAAGGUGCACAACCACACGCUGUACUCGCUCGCCUACCUGUCGGAGUGCCACACCGUCCUCUACUGGAACUUCUCCAGCCUCGGCAUGGACGUGUUCUUCGGAUCCGUCAUGAUCCACGUUACGGGUCAGCUUAACAUACUCAACAUAAGGCUGUCGCGCUUGAGUGACGGCGGGGCGGCAGGAGACCUGGCGCACUCCUCCAACUUUGACAAAGGCAGCCAACAACAGAAGUGGAACACACACGAUUCUGUCUCCAUGUACGAUGAAGUGCGCAACUGUGUGAGAGAUCAUCAGGAAAUACUAAGAUACCUCGAUUUCUUAGAAAACUUGAUGAAUCCAGUUCCUCUGGCUCAGUUUCUCCUUUGCGUGGGCGGCAUAUGUCUCACAUUGUACCAAAUAACAUUCAAUCCAGAUGAUGGUGGAGUGAUCGAAUGCAUCCUCUUUCUACCAAUCCCAGCUCUUCAGAUAUUCAUCUACUGCUGGGCUGGACAUGGUAUAAUGGAAGAAAGCGAGUACGUGUCAUUCGCGGUGUACAGCUGCCAGUGGCCAGGAGCCGACCGGCGGGUAACCAACCUGCUGCGCAUCGUCAUGAGCAGGGCUCAGAAGGCGUCUUUCCUCACCGCCGGCAAGGUCCACCCCAUCAACAGGGACACCUUCCUCUCGCUAUUAAAUGCGUCGUACUCGUUCUACACGCUGUUGCGCCAAAUGAAAAAUCUUGAAGAGGGGAACGAAGCUACUCCGUAACGAUAACGUACGUCGAUGUCCCACAUAGCACGCAAGAUAUCGAACAAGAGAAGAUUCAGCCAGACUUUUCAUCGAAC